UGCCACUGCAAGCAGUAUCAUUUUCUAACACGAACGAAUCCAGUUCGGUUGAUGUUUGUUUUAAUUCAUACGUGUUAAAUUUAUUUUAACUUUUCUGUACAAAGAAACGCAAAAGAAAUGUUUUCAAAAACAAUCUUUUUAGCGUUUGUAGCGCUAUUGAUAGCAACAAGUGUCUCAGGUAAAUCGACUGGUCGUAUCGUGGGUGGAUUUCCAAUUUCGAUCAAACAAACACCAUACCAAGUAUCAUUACAGUACAUCGAACCGGGCAAAAGUAAGACGCAACACUUCUGUGGCGGUUCAAUUAUCAGUGAAAAGUUCAUUGUGACAGCAGCGCAUUGUACCGAAGGACUAACACGUCAAGAUUUCAUUGUGCUAGUCGGCACAUCGUUCUACAAUAGUGGCGGAAAGAUAAUUAAAGUCGAACGAAUAAUAAGUCAUAAGAAAUACAACACCAGAAAUCAAGAUUAUGACAUUACUUUGCUUGAGUUGUCCGAAAAGCUAGAAUUUAGUGACUCAGUGCAACCAAUCGCAUUGCCAAAUGAAUAUGAAACCGCUAAUCCUGGCACAAUGUGCAUAGUUUCUGGAUGGGGAGAUAAAAAGCAAUUCAUGAUAUUCCGCAAAGCUGAACUAAGGGCGGCCGAAGUUCCCCUGGUAAGCUACGGACAGUGCAAUAACAAUUACAGAAUGUUUGGUGGCAUUACGCCACGAAUGAUUUGCGCUGGAUUCGAUCAAGGUGGCAAAGACGCUUGCCAAGGAGAUUCAGGUGGCCCGUUGGCUUGUUCGUCAAAGGCGCUAAAUGGAUAUCAAUCAGCCACAUUUGACACCGAAGAGCAUGGAGUUUUGGUGGGCGUAGUUUCAUGGGGCCGCGAUUGUGCUGAACCAAACUACCCUGGAGUCUAUGCUGACGUACGAAUGCUUCGCGGAUGGAUCCGAGAGCAGACAGGUGAUUCGGGCGGUCCACUCGUUGCAUUCAGCCCAGACGACGGAACACCACGUUUGGUCGGAAUCGUUUCAUGGGGCGAUCACAAACACUUGCAGUCGAACUCAAUGAAUUCGCAGCUAAACUUUCAAAACUCGAACUUCAAAAUGUUGUUUGUGAAUAAAAUCCAUGUUUUCGUUCGAGUGAAAUUAAAAGAAGGUGAAUUUCUGGAAAUAAGGUGUUUGAAGAUGUUUGUCGAACAAAUUGCGAAGAUUAUUUUGCUUGUCACAUGUGUGACCAGUGCGGCAGUGUAUCCACCGAGACCUGAGUUCGAUGGGAGAAUUGUUGGAGGUUUUGCCAUUAACAUCACACAAGCCCCAUGGCAAGUGUCGCUUCAGCGAAACGGCUCUCAUGGCUGUGGUGGAUCAAUCAUUUCAAAUACGUGGAUCGUAACGGCAGCCCAUUGCACAGUUGCUUACGUGAAUAAUGCAGAAAAUCUUGAAGUGAGAGCCGGAUCAUCUUCGCACCACGAAGACGGUGAAUUGUAUGCCGUGAAGCGAGUCAUUCAGAAUAGUAAACACAAUCGCAAAACUAAAGAAUACGAUUAUUCGUUGCUUGAACUUGAAGAACCACUUCAUUUCGACGACACUAAACAAGCGAUUCAAUUGCACAACUUUGACGAAGUCUUCCCAGACAAUACGAAUGCAUUUGUUUCUGGAUGGGGAAAUACACAGAAUUCAAGCGAAUCCAGUUUACUACUUCGCGGAGCUGAAGUUCCACUUGUCAACCAGAAGAAAUGCAACGAGGCAUAUACAUCCUUUUCUCCCAUUACUCCACGUAUGAUUUGCGCUGGUUUCUACGAAGAAGGAGGGAAAGACUCUUGCCAAGGUGAUUCGGGCGGUCCACUCGUUGCAUUCAGCUCAGACGACGGAACACCACGUUUGGUCGGAAUUGUUUCAUGGGGUAAAGGUUGUGCCGAACCUAACUACCCAGGCGUAUACUCUCGCGUUUUAGCUGCACGCGAUUGGAUCUCCGCCAACACUGGAAUCUAAGCAAUCACAUCUUCAUUGUGAGAUUUAAAUAACAUUGGAUUUGAUUGACAAUCGAUUAAUGACAUUUUCGACCAUUUUUUUGGUCAACAUCUUUUGGACAAACAUUUUAUAUGAUCA